UCUUUGAGUAUAGAAUAUGGGUGUACCGUUAAGUAAGCUGUGUUCAGCAACGAGUGUCCCAGCGGUUGGCUCGGUUCUCGACCGUGUCAUAUCCCAGCCCAGCAGCGAAGAUCACACUGUCUUAUAUAAGCUCGCUGAUUAUAAAAAAGGAGGUUUACUAUUAGAAACCUAUACUAAGGGCGGCGUGGUAGCCGCCGAGCGCCUCAUUAGAGAGGAGUUCUCGGCAUAUAUGUACGCUGGUGGACGGGGCCGGGUCAUCAACAGAGCUGAAUACCUCCGAUGGAAGUUUCGAGACCAGGAACAGGUUGUUCUCCCAAUAGAAGCGUCUCUCUCACCUCACGAUCCUCUAGCGAAAUGGGAAGAUCACACAGCCUGCUGGCAGAUGAGUUACCGCGGAGCACUGGGGGAGUCACUUCUUCAUGUUCUCAUUAUAUGCGACACCAAGAUCCACACAAGAUUGGCGAGAACUUUGGUCAAAUGUUUUCCGAAAUUGUCCCUGGAUGUCGUCGAAGGUGAAGAAUAUUUGGGUGCUAGUUCGUUACAUUUGGCCAUCGCCUAUAGUAAUAAUGAAUUAGUCCAAGACUUGGUCGAAGCUGGCGCGGAUGUCAGUCAGAAAGCUAUCGGUAGUUUCUUUCUCCCGAGAGACCAACAAAAAAAUCCACCAGCUCGUCAGACAAAUUACGAAGGUUUGGCGUAUUUAGGGGAGUACCCACUAGCGUGGGCUGCUUGUUGCGCUAACGAGGCCGUAUAUAACCUCCUUCUGGACUCUGGAGCUGAUCCAGACGCCCAGGAUUCAUUUGGAAAUAUGAUCCUGCAUAUGGUUGUAGUUUGUGAUAAAUUGGAUAUGUUCGGUUAUGCCCUUCGUCAUCCAAAGGUACCAGCCAGUAACGGCAGACUAAAUAAGGCUGGGUUCACACCGCUCACCCUUGCCUGCCAAUUGGGCCGAGCCUCGGUGUUCAGGGAAAUGUUGGAGCUUUCAUCCAGGGAAUUUUGGAGAUAUUCCAACAUCACCUGUUCUGCAUAUCCAUUGAAUGCCUUAGACACUUUGCUACCUGAUGGACGUACAAAUUGGAAUUCCGCAUUAUUUAUAAUUCUGAAUGGCACUAAACAAGAGCAUCUUAAUAUGUUGGACGGGGGAAUCAUACAAAGGCUCUUAGAAGAGAAAUGGAAAACAUUUGCCAGAACAAAAUUUUUAAAGCGUCUAUUAAUCCUCAUGCUACAUCUGAUCUUGCUGUCCAUAUCUGUGUAUCUACGUCACAGCAGUCUGGAAGCGGAUGUAGACCCCGACUGGGGUUUAGAGGUCAAUGAUGCAAGGUCCGGGAUAAGAUUGGCUUGCGAACUAGGGACUAUCAUAAGCACUCUUUGCUACAUUAUUCUGCAGCAAGGCGAUGAGAUCAAAAACCAAGGUGUUGUUGCGUACUUCAAGCAACUAAUCCAUGAACCAGCCAAAUUUAUAUUCCUAGCUUCAAACAUAUUGUUACUGGCGUGUAUUCCAGCAAGAAUAAGCCAAAGAACUACUUUGGAAGAAGCAAUACUAAUAUUCGUACUACCCGGUUCUUGGUUCCUUAUGAUGUUUUUUGCAGGAGCCGUGAAGUUGACUGGCCCGUUUGUUACAAUGAUAUACAGCAUGAUCACUGGGGACAUGUUCACAUUCGGCAUUAUCUACUGCAUAGUAUUGUUCGGAUUCUCGCAAUCUUUUUACUUCCUGUAUAAAGGGUUUCCGAACGUACAUUCAACUCUGUACUCCAGCUAUCCCAGCACCUGGAUGGCGCUUUUUCAAAUCACGUUAGGCGACUACAGUUACACAGAUCUCGGUCUGACGAUGUAUCCUAAUUUGUCGAAGACAGUGUUCACUGUUUUCAUGGUGUUCGUCCCCAUUCUGCUACUGAACAUGCUGAUAGCCAUGAUGGGUAACACAUACGCACACGUUAUAGAGCAAUCAGAGAAGGAAUGGGUAAAACAGUGGGCGAAGAUUGUUGUGUCUCUGGAGCGUUCAGUAUCCCAGGAAGAUGCUCAUCGUUACCUUCAGGAGUAUUCAAUAGGUCUGGGACCCUCAGACGACCCUCGUUAUGAGCAACGAGGUGUUAUGGUAAUUAAGAGCAAGGCCAAAACUCGCGCCAAGCAAAGGAAGGGCGCGCUGUCUAAUUGGAAGCGUGUGGGUAAAGUUACCAUAGCAGAGCUGCGGCGCCGCGGCAUUAGUGGAGAAGAAUUGAGAAGACUCAUGUGGGGGAGAGUCUCAAUAUCUACUCCAACCAAAGCACCCUUAAAAUGUGUGCCUCCCCCGGAGUUAGUGACUUCAGAAAUUCCAGGAAGUGGAGUUGGACCAGCGUUGUCAUCAGCUCUUAACGUGAUGGCGUACACACAAGAUCUAGACCUCACCAACACCGGAUCAGAACUGCAUAAACAGAUAACGCCCGAUUUGCUCGUCAAUGGCAAGACGCCUGUGACAGCACAGAAUAUAGCAACCGCUCCCAAAGUACCACUUGUAAAUCUACCAAAUAAAGCGGGAUUGGACGUUCUAAGUACAGGAAGUGAUCAGAGCGUGCCAACUGCAUUAACUAAGAAUAUGGACGUUUUGGGCAUAAAUAUGUCAACACAGGAUUUGCUAAAGAAUCAAACUAUAAACAAUCCCGCUACACCCAACGAAAUAGUGUUCAAAGAUUAUCUCAGGGAUAUCAUAAAGGCGGAACAACUUGGUCUAGAUAAUAUUGACAUAAAGGCCCUCGCAGAGAAAGCGGCCAACCUCACCGACGUACCAGAGAUAGACAUUAACAUCUCUACGGCUGCAAGGUCUGCCCGUCGUGUGGUAGCCGGCGCUGUUUCUGGUCUGUUCGGUGUGACAGCAGAGACUCCGCGGGACGCAGGCUGGCGCAGAGAGAGACACGAACAUACAGACAGCGACCCUGUCCCAGAGUGCGUCAUACUGGGUCGUGCGGCGCGCGCUCGCCGUGCACGAUCUGCUUCCCGACGCGCGCCCCCUCCCCCACCUCACCUCUACGUUCCUGCGAGAUCUAUGUACUUGGUUGCAUCGGAGAGUAGCGCUGUAGAGAGCGACGCACCCUUAGAAGAUCAAGCUAGUUCAGGAAAUAACUCAACAAUAAGAGGCAGACAGGACGACAGUCUACGAGCUGUCAGACCACUAUGCAUUCAACAGGCUACUGCAUUAAUAUCACCAACGGCGCAAAACGAACAUUUAAUGUUUAUUAAAGAAUCUGGAAACGGAGCUGAAGUGGAAGGACCGGCGCCCGUUCGGAAAGUCAAAGUCACUACGAAAACACGACCUAAAACCGCCAAAGCUAGGCGUAACAGGGUGUCUCCGAUACCAGAAACUGGCAGCCCCCUCGAACCCUGGGCGACCGCACCACUUUCGAGGCUCUCGCAACUCAUAAGAUCAUCAAGUAGUUCUGUAUCUAACAACACUAAUUCAUCAUCUGAGGGUAGCCCCCGGAAGUAUUAGAGAAAUAUUUAGAACUACGCAAGUGUUCA